CCACUAUUAUUAAUUAUCGAAAAUAAAUAACAAAGUGGAACCUUUUAUUAAUCUAAAUCCAUUCCUUCUCUGUUUAUCGAUCUUACGAGAAUGGAAGCCAACGCAGCCAUUAAAGAAAGCGAGCAACAUGAUGACGAAAUCUCUGAUUCCUUUGUUUGCUGUGUUUGCCUAGAACUGUUGCACAAGCCCAUUGUACUCGCGUGUGGUCAUCUAUCUUGUUUCUGGUGCGUCCAUAAAUCAAUGGAUGUUAUACGCGAGUCUCAUUGUCCGAUUUGUAGACAAUCAUACUAUCACUUUCCAACAAUCUGUCAAAUGCUUCACUUUUUGCUUCUUAAGCUGUAUCCUGAUGCUUACAAGAGGAGGUUACAUCAGGUGCUUGAGGAAGAAAAGGAAUUGGGAUAUUUCUCCCCUCAAUUUGAUGAUGAUAUAUGUGGAUCACAAGCUAAAAUUGAUAAUCCCGAGAGUUCACAUUCUAGCGCUACUAAAGAUCCCUCAUCCAACUCAAGCAACUUGGAAACUUGUGAAUGUAAGGAACAAUCAGGCUCUUCCAAUCAUGAAGGAAAAGAAGGUGCCAUCAUUUAUGAAGACACAUCCAAUAGAAUGCCUGAGGUUAUGGGAACAACUUCCAUUGCAGGAAAAAAAGUACCCGAGAAUGACAAGCACAAUCAGCAACAGAAAAUAACAAUUGCAGAUGUGACUUGUACAAAGUGCAAGCAAUUGCUCUUUCAUCCUAUUGUUCUUAAUUGUGGUCAUGUAUUCUGUGAAGUUUGCAUGAUGAACAUAGACGAUCAGGUGCUUAAAUGCCAAAUUUGUCAAAGUUUGCAUCCAAGAGGAUUUCCAAAAGUUUGCUUGGCCCUUGAUCACUUUUUGAAGGAACAAUUUCCAGAAGAAUAUGCAAAGCGAAGAGAUGCUUCUCAAUUUAGCCAAGUCAAAGUCAAACCUAAGAUCUCAUCUUGUUCAUCAGGAAAUGGUGAAGCAGAAUUGUCUGGUCUUCCAUCAAGAAUUCACAUAGGAGUUGGAUGUGAUUUUUGUGGGAUGUAUCCGAUAAUUGGGGAGAGAUACAAAUGCAUUGACUGUAAGGAAGAAAUUGGUUUUGAUCUUUGCGGUGAUUGCCAUAAAACGCAUUCAAAGCUACCAGGCCGAUUCAAUCAGCAGCACACUCCUGAGCACAGGUUUGAGUCUGUACAAGGUUUUAGAUCAGUUGGGGGGUGGUAUGCACACGAGUCUCUGGAAAUUUCAGGACAUGUAUCCGAAGAUCCCAGUUCGCCCAACGAAGUUGAUGAAGAUUUCCAAACAUAUAUCCAAAGAUCCAGUCUGCCAGACGAAAUUGAUGGAGAUAACCAGAACGAACACAGAGAGCCCCUCUGAGAAGAAGGAAAGAAAAAUCGACGGAAUUGUGUGCUAUUCUGUUGGUGGUUAUGGUGGGGUCUAAUUACAACUCCUUGCUAAUCCAACCUCCAAACACUUCAUGCCUGUUCUCAAAUCCGCUUGGCCUCGUUGAAUUCGUCUCCAGCUUGUGCCAAUUGUGUCUGCACUUCACUGACCCUAAAUAUAGGCAAUUUGCUUUCUCUCAGGCCUUGAUGCAUGGUAAGCAUUUUGCUGCCUAUAAUAUUGGCCAUAUUGGUUAGGUAACGUAGGUAUUCCAAGACUCUGGCUGAUAUGUAUGAGAAUGUACAGAAAUAUUCUACAACGUAAUCUUAUGUAGUUUAUGGGAGAGUUGUUAGUAUUAUCAUUUGAGGUAUGCAUAGGAGUGAUUGUAUUGAGAUAGUGGAUUCAUGCCAGAAUAUUUAACACUGAACAAUGUUUGUGUACCCUCGGGUCAUAUAUUAUGCUUCAUAUUUUAAUAA